GCUGCUACGUGAACGUCGGGCCCGUCCCUGAAGAGAGAGACACUGGCCAAGAAGUGAGAGCUAUUCAAAGGCCGACAUAUGCAACGGUGAACGUGUCCCACUGUCAGCUAUAAGAAAAAGAUAUCAUCCCACAUCAGAAAAAAGGAUACCGUGAAAUUUCGAAAAAGGGAAUGUGUGACAUGUUCAUCCAAACACAGCAGACGAGUAGCGUCAACGGCAGCAGCAGCAGCAGCAGCAGCAGCAGCAGUAACAACACCGUUCACCAUCACAGCAAGAAACGGAAGUUGGAGUACAACGUGAGCCAGCCGGUGAUCCAGCACGCAUUGGUCCAAUCGACCGGCGACUACCAAUUAGACAAUACCGGGCUCCAGCAACGGUACUCCGUGAACGGUGCUAAUACCGCGUUUAGCUCGCUGCACAACAAUAAUGCGCUGCAGAAGAGUAGCCCGAAUCAACAGACCCUGGUACGAGCCUCGACGAUCAAGCUCUUAGACACGUACCAACGCUGUAGCCAGAAGAGAAAAACUUGGUCGAGGGAAGGUAAUGGUGACGGCCUGGCAGUCCACUCCGCCAACGCGACGAACGCAGUGGGCAGUACUGUAGUGUCGCAGCAUCACAACCAACAGCAACAACAGCUGCAACAACAACAACAGCAGCAGCAACAACAACAGCAGCAGCAGCAGCAGCAACACAAACAGGCAGGCAUGACGGCGCACAGCAAACAAGUGACCAACGCUGCCAACGGCGGCGGCGGCGGUGGCGGCAGCAAUCCCCAGGGAGACGGUGAUUACCAGUUGGUCCAGCACGAAGUUCUCUAUUCUAUGACCAAUCAGUACGAGGUCCUCGAGUUUCUGGGCAGAGGUACCUUUGGACAGGUCGUGAAAUGUUGGAAGAAGGGAACUAAUGAAAUCGUGGCUAUCAAAAUUUUAAAGAACCAUCCAUCGUAUGCGCGCCAAGGUCAGAUUGAGGUCUCCAUCCUGUCACGGCUCAGUCAGGAAAACGCGGAUGAGUUCAAUUUUGUGCGCGCUUACGAGUGCUUCCAGCACAAAUCCCACACCUGCUUAGUCUUCGAGAUGCUAGAGCAGAAUUUGUAUGAUUUUUUGAAACAAAAUAAAUUCUCACCCCUUCCGCUGAAAUACAUCAGACCAAUUCUCCAACAAGUACUCACCGCUCUUUUAAAACUUAAGCAAUUGGGGUUGAUUCACGCGGACCUUAAGCCAGAAAACAUCAUGUUGGUUGAUCCAGUACGGCAGCCGUACCGUGUGAAAGUUAUCGAUUUUGGGUCUGCCUCCCACGUGUCGAAAGCUGUCUGCAACACGUAUUUGCAAUCGCGAUACUAUCGUGCGCCCGAAAUUAUACUUGGACUUCCGUAUUGUGAAGCGAUAGAUAUGUGGUCGCUCGGCUGUGUGGUUGCAGAGUUGUUUUUAGGAUGGCCUCUAUACCCCGGUAGCUCGGAAUACGAUCAGAUUCGAUACAUAAGUCAGACGCAAGGCCUACCGACCGAGCACAUGUUGAACAACGCCAGCAAAACCACGAAAUUCUUUUAUAGGGACAUGGACAGCACAUAUCCAUUUUGGCGAUUAAAAACACCGGAAGAGCACGAGGCUGAGACUGGUAUCAAAUCAAAGGAGGCGAGAAAAUAUAUUUUUAACUGUCUCGACGAUAUUGGUCAGGUUAAUGUUCCGACUGAUUUGGAAGGUGGUCAACUUUUGGCCGAGAAAGCCGAUAGAAGAGAGUUCAUUGACCUCUUGAAGAGGAUGCUCACAAUGGACCAGGUAGAGCGCCGAAUAACACCCGGGGAGGCUCUGAACCAUGCCUUUGUCACGCUGGCCCAUUUAGUCGAUUAUGCACACUGUAACAAUGUGAAGGCUUCCGUCCAGAUGAUGGAGGUUUGCCGACGAGCGGGCGAUUUCACGGCAAGCCCAGCGCAUCACCAAGCUCCUCCAGCGCCUCAGCCACCACCGCCGACGUCGUUGGUAGCUAACUUUGUGCCGACGACGAACGGUAGCGCUGUCACUUUCACCUUUAACAACCAGUUGACCAAUCAAGUACAGCGAUUGGUCAGGGAGCAUCGGACUGCGCAAACAGGAUACGACAAUCUGUAUCAAAUAUACAGUAACAGUAGUCGUCGGGCGACUCAGUACAGUAGCUCGUCUAGCGGAUCGAAUAGUGGACGAAGCGGAGUGCACGACUUUCCGCAUCAGUUGGUGCCUGGUCUACUUUGUCAUCCACCCAGUUAUCAGACGAUGCCAAGUCCUGCAAAACACGUAGUCGUUGCUCAGCCCCCGCAGGCGCAGCAAGGUCCUCUCCAAAUCCAACCAUCCAUCAUAUCGCAGCAGGCUGUUGCUGCGGCGGCUGCAGCCGCGCAACAACAGUACGCGGCGGUCCCUGUGUCUAUGGUGGAAACUGGACGUCAAAUGUUGUUAACGAACGCUGUGCAGACUUCGUGGCCGGGUGGAAGUCGUCAAAUGGCUGCUAUCGUGCCAUCAUGGCAGCAGUUGCCGCCGCAACAUGCAGCUAUACAGCAGCCAUUGUUGAGUGACGCAGGAGAUUGGGGAAGGCCUCUAAUCGUCGACAGUUCUGCUAUCUUGCAGGAUCAGCGGCCAGUGUUUCCUGUCACAGAGGUGUAUAACACCAGUGCCCUCGUCGAACAUCCGUCUCAGGGCUGGGGCAAACGUAGCGUGACCAAACAUCACCAACACCACGGGACGGUGCCUCAGCAGUCUCAGCACAGGCACGAGCACAAGAAAGAAACGCAACAGUUGAGUCCGGUGAAGAAGAGGGUAAAAGAAAGCACACCACCGAGCAACAUGAGACGGCAUUCGCCUAGCAACGGUCACUGGCAACAGCAGACGAUGCAACAGCCCCAUCACAACAGCAAGCACAGCAGUAGUCACAACGUAGAGCAUCAUCAGGUUACAUCCGGUCGGCAACAAACCAUCACGAUCCACGAUACACCCUCGCCGGCGGUCUCUGUUAUCACGAUCAGUGAUAGUGAAGACGAAACACCUGGCAAAUGCUGUGGAGAUCGCCAGUGCGGAGCCUGUCAAAAUUUGGCAACUCGCCUGUCUGGCGAUGGACGUCCAGUCCGCGAGGAAGUCAUUCGAAGUACGCAGUCAACACCACGCGUGGUCCAACCGUUGCAACAGACCCACUCGACCAGUCAGUCCCAUACGAACGGGCACGUGACGGCGCACAGUACGUCACAGCGAACGCAACGGAAGAAUAUUAUCAGUUGCGUGACAGUCGGUGACAGCGACGGCGAGGCUAGUCCAGGCCGAGCGCAUACUCAUCUCUAUCAACAUUUACCUCAGCAUCCCCAGCACCCACAGACCACCCAGUUAAUUAAGCAUGAACCUCAACAACAACAUCAUGUUAGCAGCAGUAGCUCGGGAUACUCUUCGCAGUCGCAAAAGAAACGGUUAUUGGCUAAAGUACAGUCUGAAUGCAAUAUGGUGAAUGUUGCGACGAAACCGGAGCCAGGCGUCGAGUACCUAGCCCCACAUCCGUGUCACGCGCCAGCCUGCAAAGAGCCACCGACCUAUCAGGAUGAUGCCUAUGACAUGCAUGACUACUUCUUGCAGUAUGUGACCACGAGUAGCGCGCAUCCCCACCUCCAAGAGCAGCACAUCGUGUACACGACCGGCACGGACAAACGGGUAUCAUGGCCCGGUAAGAGGGCCGAGUACAAGCAUGAGUACGUUCAACCUCCGGCCGCUCAUUCGCGAGACCAUCAGAAAUGGGCGGUGGCCAAUACUGUGCAUCAGUAUAGGCAGAGCCAGGUGGUGGGUUCGGCAGCCCAUCCGGGUCAUACCCACAGCCAUCAUGGGCAUCCGGCCCACCUCAGUCCUGGGGGCGGUGGCGGGGGCAGAAGUCCUGCGGGGGGGCCUGUAAUAGGAAGUGCCCAACAUCUGGGACAACCCCUGUACCAGGAGUACGCCCAUGUGCGUUCAAGGGCCCAUGCCGUGCCACCCCCGGUGUACGUUACCGCCGCGCCUUCUCAGGCUCCCACUGCUAUCCAGCAGCAACAAGUGCCCACCUAUCAGGGAUUCACACCCGGGUGGGUACCUAGACACCUAGUUGAUGCAUGCAUCUCGUCUCCAUUAACGUUGUAUGAUUCUAGUCGAGCGUUGCCACCACCAGCUCAUCACAGCUCGGCCAGACCGUUGCUAGCGAGUCACGCGGCACAUCCACUGCCUGCGCAUAUGCAGCCGACGGCGGUAUACGGAUUGGCCCCGCUAUCACCGGCCAAACAUCAAUAUCAACCUUCUGGUUUGUGGUUCACCGAGUAAAUUGUUCCUCACGUGUUCGACUCGAGAAACGAAAAAGAAAAAACAAAAACAAUUCGACAGUGGGAGGGGACCCGGUACACGGAGAGACCAGGCACACUUGUCGAGAGAUAACAAGACCACAGAGAACUAUCGUUUCGAACGAAAGGAAAAAGGGGGUAUCGCGCAAA